GUUAUUUUGCAGGUAAUUAAUAUUGAUUGAGCAUAAAUAAGUAGAUAAAUAGUUUGAAAGUUGACUCCACACGGAGCAUUAUAUCAAAACUUGGACAUUUGGAUUGUACAUAUAUUCAAAAACAAAACAAAAGAAAGAGCAAUAAACAAAAAAAAAACAAUAAAAAAAAUUGUUUUUGGCUCCGGUGGGGUUCGAACCCAGGAAAAUGACUCAGCUAGAAGAAAUGUUAGACAAUGUAUUUGUGGAGCCAGAGGAGUACUCACCUCCUAGCAAAAAAGAAAAGCUCGUUGCAAACUAUCGAAAAAGAUAUCAACUUCUUGAUUUUGAUGACGUUAUCAAUCUAAGUGAAGUGAUGGAGAAAACUGUACCCGUGGAUGGCAAAGGCAAUUUCCCGUCGUUAGAAGUUACACCAAGCACCCUUGUACAGAUGGUGCGCGAUGGCCUGACGAAAGAAGGAAUUCGGGUCCCUAAUGUUCGCCUGAACGGCAGCGCAGCGACUCAUGUUUUGAGCGCCGACGGUAAACACAGCUACAAGGAUUUGGAUCUCAUAUUCGCUGUAGAUAUGUCGCAAUACAACGAAUUUUGCACUUGUGGUUCGAGUCCAAUCGACCUCAACAACAAUGCAACCAUUAACAACACGUAUUGUCGCACCAAGGCGCAUAAAACAAGCAGCAAAAGACAUCCGGCAUCUCAAAAAUCAGAUCUCAGAACCGCAGAGUCAAAUUCAGUUUCAGAAAAUGGCACAAUCAAUGAGAUACAAGUCUCGAACGAAGAUCUCUCUUUUGUCGCAACUGAUGAUACUCUGGAUUCUGAACUUUCUGGCUCGAAAACACCAGACAGCAGUGACUCAUCUCCCUGUUCCAACUCCCCAGCGACAGUUCAAGACAAAGCUGAUUUUGAGGUCGAUCUCGAAGAUUGCGCAGACAAAGACAGCGGAUACACGAGCAGUGGGUCAUCAGUUGCAAGUCUUCCGGUAUCCCCCGCAGGGUCAUGGAGCUACCAAAACGCCAUUCGAUCCCGAACUCAUUCGCUUGAUUCGUCGUCUUCUAUCACGUCGACCUCGUCGUCUGGACAACAUGUGUUACGGAAUAAAGAAAAUGGUCAUUAUCUGGACGUACAUGCAUCAGCCCGCAAUACCCCGGUUAGAAAAUUGUUCUCAAAGGCACACGCGCACCAAGAAUGCUGCGUCCGGUCUAAAGAACUUUGCUGGCGGAAGAUCAAAGAUGUUGUCAUAGGGAUAUUACGUGACCUUCUUCCGGCCCGGGUCAACAAGACACGCAUGACUGACGCUGUAUUAGCGGAUGCAUAUGUACAGAAAAUGGUCAAAAUCACUAACGAUGUCGAUAGAUGGAGCCUGUUCUCGCUGAAUAAUAAUGAUGGUCGCAACUUGGAGCUAAAGUUUGUUGAGAACAUGCGGAGACAAUACGAGUUCAGCGUCGAUUCAUUCCAGAUCAUACUAGAUUCGUACCAAAGAUUCAAAAUCGUUUCCAAAAAUCUAGAAGAAUCCGAAGAUAUCAAAAUUUCACCCAACUUUUACCCUUCCGUUCUGGCUGAAAGCGUUUAUGGAGACUUCGAGGCUGCUUUGAGGCAUUUACGUCACCGACGAAUAUGUACUAAAAGACCCGAAGAAAUCCGUGGUGGCGGUCUUCUGCGAUAUUGCAAUCUUCUAGUUCGCGAUUUUACCGCAGGUGAGGUCGAAGGUUACGAGCGCGAUACAGAUGAUGACACCUCACUGAAUACCACACUGUCGUCUGCAUCUACUGAUAAAUCUAAUGUGACGUCACAUUCGUACUCAACGUCGUCUGCAGAAGACGUAAGCAGGCUGGAGCGAUUGAUGUGUUCCAGGUUUUUCAUUGAUUUUAGUGAGUUUCCAAGGCAGCAACAAAAACUUUUGAGUUAUUUGGAAAGUCAUUUUGCCUGCGAGGAUGAACUAAAGUUCCAAUAUUUGCUGAUUGUACGGAAAGUCGUAGAUAACAGCACUGUGUGUCUCAUGUCGAAUGAGAGGGGCCAGAUCAUCGAUUUUGUGACCAAGCUUGCAACAGAAGCUCUGGCAAAAUCAGUCCAAAGUGGAAACCAAUAUAAUUCGUGCCAUUCCAACCAAUCAAAAUCUGGUUCUCGAUCUGCAUUGGUCCCACAACCGUACGUGCCAUAUCAUGGACCCAUCCAAGGACAGCAAUACCAAGUAAUGGACAAUAACCAACUGUACCAAAAUCAGCCACAAUGCUACCAAUCACAAACAUGGAACCACAACAAUAACAAUUGCAAUUCAAAUAAUUACUUCCCUGUUUACGCUCCAUCCACUGUACCCCCACAAAUCAACUAUGCAUCUCCAAAUUUUUACCCACAUUCGGAACCCCAAUCUAAAUUUUACCCACAAUAUGAUUAUAAUCAAAUCCCCCAGCAAGUUCCAGUUGCACUUUGCCCCUGUUGUCGUUCUACGUAUCCCCAAGUUCCAAUUGCAACUCCUCAAGUUUGUUGUGAGAACUCGACAAACCAGAACAACCCACAAGUCGUCAUCACACCUCCACGGCACACGAUGUCCGUUGACUCGCUCCCUUUCUACCCGGCAUCAAAAGAUCCGAGUAAAACUCAACCCAGCACCAGUACGACUACGUUCAGUGGUCCCCGUUCAGAAUUGGUCUACCUUCCUAAAAAUGCAAAGCUUUUCUACAGUGCUGGUCCAAUAGCCACCACUCAAGCAAGUUCAAACGAUACAGAGUCGACGUCACAUUCCGCCGAAAACCAGAUUAAUCCAGUUGAAUCCGGAAAUUCUCUUCAUUCCGAAACAACGGAGACAUAGAUUUGCACGAAUCGUGCAGAUUGCAAAACCACUUGGUAAUACGGAGAAAAGUGCCUUUGAACGCCACCAGUCGACGUCUUGUGAAUGAUCUAUGCUUGUGAUCCUGCGAUGUCUCGUUCACUGGAACAACCCGCCAUAAAAAUCGUAUUUUUCUCAACAAUCAGAAUUUCUUUAAUUGCAUAUUCAUCAAUGUGAUGUCAUUUUAUGAUGUCAUAAAACUUAUAUUUACACGUAACGUGCAUCUGUACAUUUUGUUUCAUGUAAUUUAAGACCGGUGUUACUACCUUAACUCGCAAUAAAAUAAAAAAUAUUCGUCCGCUUAGCAAAUAUUCAUCCGCUUAGCAAUGACAAAAAUCAUAGAAAAAGCCAGAUAAUAGCUUAUUAAACCAUUGCAUAAGUUUUCUUUCUUUAUUAAGCGCAAAUCCUUUUUCUCUUUAUUAAAAUUAACGACCAUCAAUCAUUUUUAAGUUGUUUUGCUUGUCUUUUGGCACUUUAUUUAUAUCAAAUCAAUCCAUGAAAAGUACUUAACGCUACAAGGUAGCACGUGAGGUAAGCGUGAUUCACGCGUGAUACACGCCUGAUUACAUGAAGUUUUGCAAACAGCGUCAAGUACCAACCACUUUGGUAACAAUUGGUUCAGUAUCCGGGUUGAACUUGUCCGGUUGAAAUCGAUUAUUGAAUCAUAAUUGCCGUACUUGAAUGUAUUUGAUAUGGAUCAUAUUCGACAGAAUAUUCUCCUUUUUGCGCAAAUAGUGAAAGUUCUGGAAUUAUUUCCCGGUAUUUCUAAAAGGUUUGAAAUUAAACGAUUAUUAUAUAGUAAAAAUGAUGAGUUGAAUUAACUAAGUGCGACUUAAUCGUCCCCAAUACGCCCCGAGUUAGUGGUAUAGCCUAUAUAGUCUCGGCUUGUCGCUUUUUGUAUUGUAAAAUGAACCUUGCUAUUAGUGGGUGCAUUUGCUUAACGGGUAGUUGAUUGAAUGUGUACGCGCUUGACCAAAAUCUUGACAAAACCAAAAAAAAUAUUUUUGUUUUAAUCGCCAUAUAUUUACGGCUAUUUUUGCAAAUAAGUGCAAUUUUGUGAGCUUUUUCGUGUAUAUAUUUAUAACAAAAAAUCUAAAAACAUGUAACAUUUUUAUUUUUGCUUUGUUGUUUCAUAAACAAUCAGCUAUUGGGGAUGUUUAAAUUCUAAUGUUCUAUUUUGUAAAGUCCAACGUCAUAAUGCUAGCCAUUGUUAUGCUUCAAUGCGUUAUUGAUAUCCACCCCACGUCAUAUAGUACUGAUUUUGUUUUGCUGCACUAUAGAUGGAAUGAAAUUAGUCUAUUUUCUGAAAAAAAAAUGGUUUUAAAUUUAAUUACCAAAAGUCUAUUUGUAAAUAUGGCUAUUUAUGUCUAAAUUAAAUUUUAGGGUUUUUCGAAAUUAAUUUCUGAUUACGAAUUUUCUGAAUCAAAUAUGUAUUUGUGAAUUCAUUAUCCUAUUUUCAAAUACUCGAAAUUGUAUUAUCUAAAACCAAAAUGAAAUUUCAGCAAAAUAUUUAAACACAAUAUUACAUGCAAUUUUUUGAAUAUCAAUAUUUGGUAAUUUUUUCAAAACCAAACCGCUUGGAAAUCGCGCUGCAAAUUUUGUAGAUCCGCAACCGAUUUUUUUUGAGCAAUCCAACUUUUCCAUCGGUAUGGUUUUGCCAUUUCAGAAAAUCCCGCAAUAUAGCUUUUUUUGGUUUGAGUAACGUGGUAUAUUUUGGACGCAUUCCCAUUAGCUAUAUGUAUCUGAUUUUAGUCCAGACAUUUUUUCUUUCUUUUCGAACUUUUUAUUUUCUUUAUUUCAUUUCUGUUAAUAACUAGCGCUUGUUUUCUUAAUCGAGGUAGCUGUGAUAUGCCCCAAAAGUUCUGAGUUAGUAUAAGUUUCCCAUAGAAGUCAUGACAUAAAAUUUAAAUAUUCAAUAAAAACCGUCUUGUGAGGUGAUCAUCCUGUUAUGAACCCUUUCAAAAUUUACUUCUGUCUCAUGGUUUUGAUCCGCAAGUGCUCUGUUGUCUAUUCAAUUUCAACAUUUAAUGUAAUCCUAGCCGCACUCCAAACCCAAAUUUUUGUGGAAAAGUUUUGGCAACAGUAGAGUGCAAGUUUUUGGCUCUCGUCUCUUACUUUGUCUAUGUUCUUUCACACCACAUUUGAAAAAUUAGCCCGUUAAUACCACCCAGGCUCCUAUGACGUAUUUUUGAUUGAGUAUGUUCUUUAAUUUGACAUACUUUAUGUUGCCGCCAUUCCACACCUGCAUAAUGCAGAACUCGAAGUGAAAAUUUUAUCACGAAAAAUUGUUCAAUAUUUAAACCGAUCAUCCACUGAGCUUGUGUAUAGGUGUUAAAAUUCAUCGAUUCACUUGUGUAAAAUUUUAUCUAAAUUCUAAUAUUGUCAAGAAAAAAUAUACUAUUUUUUAUUUGUUUCUCGAACUUAGUCAGCUGUUAUUGUUUAGAAGUUGGUUUUGGUGCUUAAAAUUAGAUAGAUUGUACAAAAAAUUGUAAAAUAUAGUGUCAUUUUAACAUCAUUCUGGUGGCAAAAUUUGACUGUUGAUUGCUCAUUCACUAGUCGCUGAAAAACCGAAUACAUCGACGUGCCACUAAAUAUCUGAUCGUUUCUAAUAGCUUAGAUUAGUUUUACUUAUUUCACAUUUUAUGAUUGGGCGCUCAACCGGAAAAGUUCAAGAGUGUAGUUUGCUAAUAUUAUAUGCACGUAAUGGAAUAGUAUUGUCGUUUUUACGUCACCAUUAGAUGACGUCACAUGAGAGAUUGGUUCUUGUUUGGUUUUUGGAGUGGAAUUUGUAAUAUAUUUUUUUGCUACCUUUUGGGAAAAAUCAAGGUGAUAUCGUAGUAUCGAACGAUGAAGUCAUGUUUCUAUGACGUCACUGUUUGUCUAUAAUAUUUGUAGCGAUUGAUUAUUUUUUAUGGUUUACACAGUUUUUGUGGUAAAGUUGAAAGAGUAUUAUAUGAAAAAUGAGUCAAGAAUUUAUCAACGCUAUGUUUGGUUAUAUUUUUAUCAAUUAGCUCUCACUUAUUCUUGAUUCUGGUCCUAGCAAUUCGAAAUAAAUCUCAAAAAUACCGCGCCCGCAACAAAAUUGUUGGGUUAACAUAUUCUAACCCAACUUGAAAUAAUCUAAUCAACGCCUAAUUGUGAUCAAACGUAGCAAAAUGAUAAAUUCUCGACUCGACUGAUUAAAGAUAUCAUUGUUUGCCCAUUCUAUGCCAGAUUUCAGAUUAUAUUUAUGUUAAUUAUUCUGUAAUGGUGAUUAUUGCCAUAAAAGUUUAUUUAGGUGUAACUUUAAUUUGGUACUUAUUGAGAUCUUCCCAUUAUGACGUACUUAUAAUGACGUCACCUAUAUAUUUUCAAGAAAGAAUGCGAUGAGCAUGUUUCUUUAAAGUUCAUUUUUAUGGACGUAAUAGUAAAGUGUUAAUAUUGUUACGUCAUAUUGCCAUAAUGUUAUAAAUUGUGGUGCCAUGAUGACAACAUAAUACUAUAAGAUUGUUACGUCAUAAGAACGAUUGGCUCUAUAUAAAGUUUUUAUUUUGAAUCGGAAAUGUAUCUGAUAUGUAUAUAUUUAAAUAUGCGGAUAUCGUGGAUUAAGUUGUUAUUAAUAAGAUGUGGACGAAAAUUUA